UGCAGAGGAUAAUAAGCUGUAACAAUCGUUUCAUAGUUUUAUUCUCUUUCUGCCUCCGACCGGGAAGAAAGCACUGAAACCUCAAUUUUAGGAAUAAACAGCUGAUCUUCCGUCAACAUGCACGUGAUUAAGCGAGAUGGGCGCCAGGAGGGAGUUAGUUUUGAUAAAAUCACGUCCCGCAUUCAGAAACUCUGCUUUGGGCUCAACAGCGACUUUGUGGACCCUACCCAGAUUACUAUGAAGGUGAUCCAGGGUCUGUACAGUGGGGUCACCACUGUGGAGCUGGACACUCUGGCUGCAGAGACUGCUGCCACUCUCACCACCAAACAUCCCGACUAUGCAAUCCUGGCUGCUCGGAUCGCUGUGUCCAACCUGCACCGAGAGACCAAGAAAGUGUUUAGUGACGUGAUGGAAGAUCUGUACAACUAUGUCAACCCCUUAAACAAACGUCACUCCCCGAUGAUCUCCAAGGAGACGCUGGACAUUGUCCUCGAAAACAAGGACCUCCUCAACUCAGCCAUCAUUUACGACAGAGACUUUUCUUACAACUUCUUUGGUUUUAAGACUCUCGAGCGAUCAUAUUUGCUGAAGAUCAACGGCAAAAUUGCUGAGAGACCCCAGCAUAUGCUGAUGAGAGUCGCAGUCGGGAUUCAUAAAGGAGACAUUGAUGCAGCUGUUGAAACGUACAACCUGCUUUCAGAGAAGUGGUUCACUCAUGCCUCUCCUACCCUGUUCAACGCUGGAACCACCAGGCCUCAGCUGUCCAGUUGUUUCCUGCUAGCCAUGAGUGACGACAGCAUCAGCGGUAUUUACGACACGCUGAAGCAGUGCGCGCUCAUUUCCAAAUCAGCAGGGGGCAUCGGCCUGGCGGUCAGCUGUAUCAGAGCGACAGGCAGCUACAUUGCUGGUACCAAUGGCACUUCUAACGGGCUGGUUCCCAUGCUGAGAGUGUACAACAACACAGCACGCUAUGUGGACCAGGGCGGCAACAAGAGACCAGGGGCCUUCUCUGUGUACCUGGAGCCAUGGCAUGCUGACGUGUUUGAGUUUUUGGAGCUGAAGAAGAACACGGGAAAAGAAGAGCAGAGAGCCAGAGACCUGUUCUUUGCCUUGUGGAUUCCAGACCUCUUUAUGAAGCGAGUGGAAAGCAAUCAGGUCUGGUCACUGAUGUGUCCAAGCGAAUGUCCUGGGUUGGAUGAGUGCUGGGGAGAGGAGUUUGAGGAACUCUACACUCGUUACGAGAAGGAGGGCAGGGUAAAGCGUGUGGUGAAGGCUCAGCAGCUCUGGUACGCCAUCAUCGAGUCGCAGACAGAGACGGGUACCCCGUACAUGCUCUACAAGGACGCCUGCAACAGGAAGACCAACCAGCAAAAUCUGGGCACCAUCAAGUCCAGCAAUCUCUGCACAGAGAUUGUUGAAUACACAAGUAAAGAUGAGGUUGCAGUGUGUAACCUGGCUUCCAUCGCCCUCAACAUGUAUGUGACCCCAGAAAGGAGCUUUGACUUUAACAAGCUUGCAUCUGUAACCAAAGUGAUUGUCAGGAACCUAAACAAGAUCAUCGAUAUCAACUACUACCCAGUGCCUGAGGCUGAAAAGUCCAACAAGCGUCACAGGCCUAUUGGAAUCGGUGUGCAGGGUCUGGCCGACGCCUUUAUCCUCAUGCGCUACCCGUUUGAAAGCCCAGAGGCCCAGUUACUCAACAUUUACAUCUUUGAAACCAUCUACUACGCCGCCCUGGAGGCCAGUUGUGAGCUGGCAGCAGAAUUCGGCCCGUAUGAAACCUACGCAGGCUCUCCUGUCAGCAAGGGAAUCCUUCAGUAUGACAUGUGGGAAAAAAAACCAACAGACCUGUGGGACUGGAAGGCACUGAAGGAGAAAAUUGCCAAGCACGGUGUGAGGAACAGUCUGCUUUUGGCCCCAAUGCCCACAGCUUCCACUGCCCAGAUCUUGGGCAACAACGAGUCCAUUGAGGCGUACACAAGCAACAUCUACACUCGCAGGGUGCUCUCAGGAGAGUUCCAGAUUGUGAAUCCCCACCUGCUGAAGGACCUCACAGAACGAGGGCUGUGGAACGAGGAUAUGAAGAACCAGCUGAUUGCACAGAACGGCUCCAUCCAGGACAUCAAAGAGAUCCCGGAUGAUCUGAAGCAGCUCUAUAAAACAGUUUGGGAAAUCUCCCAGAAAACUGUCCUCAAGAUGGCAGCAGAUCGUGGCACCUACAUCGAUCAGAGUCAGUCUCUGAAUAUUCACAUCGCUGAGCCAAACUACGGCAAACUCACCAGCAUGCACUUUUAUGGAUGGAAGUUGGGCCUGAAAACCGGCAUGUACUACCUCAGAACGAAGCCCGCUGCCAACCCCAUUCAGUUCACCCUGAACAAGGAGAAACUGAAGGAGAGCCAGUCAGCAAAGAGCCUGGAGGAGGAAUCCAGAGAGCGCAACACAGCAGCCAUGGUUUGCUCCUUAGCCAACAAAGAUGAAUGUUUGAUGUGCGGCUCCUAAGACGAGGAGCGAGUCUCUCCAGCUCCAUCCUAUGAAUUUCAGGUUGAUCUUUGUUUCAAACGAGAUCAGCCAUUUGGCAUUAAAUGUGGAUGCUAAUGGAGACAUAAAAAAAAUUCAAAGCUCACUGACCAGCUGCAAUAAAAAUUUUUGGGGCUUUUUCUUUGCUUCUAUUUAUUAAAAUAUGAAUAAUUUUUCUAUUUGUACUGCAAUAAAAAUAAAAUAAAUAAAAAGGAGUGGGUAAUGUGUA